GUUUCCUGCGGGGCCCACCCGGCACCCGGCCUGGCCCGGCGACUACGGGUGAGGCGGGGAGGGGGCGGGGAGCCGCGCCUCCGCCGGCGUCUGGUCGGGGACGCCGUCGUGGCAGCUCGCGAGGAGCCUUCCUGCUGGCGAACGGGGCAGCCUUCGCGGCGCUCCCCGCUGGGUGUUUCUCAGAAGCAAUGAGAUUAAGUGGAUCAGCUGGUGUGCUGUGCCUAGUGGAAAGAAGCUUAUUUAAAUUAAGAGGAGCAGAGAACCUGUGCCUCAGUACUAAAGGAAGAUGGACUCCACAGAAGACCUUGACUAUCCUCAAAUCAUCUUUCAAUACAGCAAUGGAUUUUUAGUCUCAAAGGUUAUGUUCACUGCCUGUGAGUUAGGAGUGUUCGAUCUUCUGCUGGAGUCAGGACAACCUCUAUCUUUAGAUGUCAUUGCUGCUCGCUUGGGUACAAGCAUCAUGGGGAUGGAAAGACUUCUGGAUGCCUGUGUGGGAUUGAAGCUUUUGGCAGUAGAGCUGAGACGAGAAGGAGCCUUCUACAGAAACACAGAAAUUUCCAAUAUCUACCUUACGAAGUCAAGUCCCAAGUCUCAGUAUCAUAUUAUGAUGUAUUACUCCAAUACCGUCUACUUGUGCUGGCACUACCUGACUGAUGCUGUGAGAGAAGGAAGAAAUCAAUAUGAAAGAGCUUUUGGCAUUUCAUCUGAAGACCUCUUUGGAGCCAUGUACAGAUCAGAAGAAGAAAUGCUGAAGUUCUUGGCUGGCCAGAACUCAAUCUGGAGUAUAUGUGGCAGAGAUGUACUUACUGCAUUUGACCUUUCUCCUUUCACACAGAUUUAUGACCUGGGAGGUGGUGGAGGAGCUCUGGCCCAAGAAUGUGUUUUCUUGUAUCCAAAUUGCACAGUCACAAUUUAUGACCUGCCCAAAGUUGUACAAGUGGCCAAAGAGCGAUUGGUUCCCCCAGAGGAGCAACGGAUUGCCUUCCAUGAAGGAGAUUUCUUUAAAGAUUCAAUCCCUGAAGCUGACCUCUACAUUUUAUCAAAGAUACUGCAUGAUUGGAAUGAUGAAAAAUGUGGGCAGCUGCUGGCAGAAGUUUAUAAGGCCUGCAGACCUGGUGGUGGAGUGCUACUGGUUGAAUCACUCCUGAGAGGAGACAGAAGCGGACCUGUGGAAACCCAGCUGUAUUCAUUGAACAUGUUGGUGCAGACAGAAGGAAAGGAACGAACAGCAGCUGAGUACAGCGAGCUCCUUGGGGCAGCUGGCUUCAGGGACGUCCGAGUCAGGAGAACUGGAAAAAUCUAUGAUGCUGUUCUGGGGAGGAAAUGAUAGUGUCUUUUAUUCUGUAUUACUAAGUACUCGUGGACAAAUGUGAUAUUCUUUUCGUAGAAGGCUAUUAUAGAUGUAGUUUUUAUUGAAGGAAGUCAACUUCUCUGUUAGCUGAUUAUCAGGAGAAUCAUUAAUAAUAUACUUUCGGUGCAGAUAGGUUGUGAAUUCAGCAGCCUGACUAGGGCUUGCCUUUGAAUCUGAAUAGCACAGAGAGAACUUGACAUCUGUUCCACAGUAAAUUACCCAUGAAAGAAAUGUGCAGUGUUGCUGCUAACCACUUUACAUAUAUUUCUUUUUUAUUUUUAUUUUAACAGAGUACCUGACAAAAGCGAAGCUGAAUUUUCAUUUGUGGAUUCCAGCAUAAUAAAACUGACCACUGUACUGAGCUCUGUUAUACGCUUUUUUUUAUUCCUUGGAACCAAAGUAUUAUAAGACGACUUAUUAUAUCCUUGUGGUUUAUCUUGUCUGAGUUUCCAGAGAAAAUCUCUUUGAGGUUUGGUGAUUUUU